CUGGUUUUAUCGGAUCACAUGACGUGAGAGCCGAAGGACUUGAAAGGAAACCUGCGUUUAUUCUGCAAAAUCACCGUUUCUUCAAGUGGUUGUUCUAGUUUAGCAUAUUUUUCACAAGUUUGUAAUAUAUUCACCAUCAUGGUAAAGAUCUGUGGACCAAAAUGUUCAACAUGUUGCUCUUUGCUGAGUAUAUGGGGAGUAGUAAUGUUGCUCCUGAUGGGUGUUUUCUUCCGGAUAAAUGCCUUGGCCUUCAUUGAAGAUGUCAAUCUCGAAGAGGACUUCACGAAAGAGGAUCUGGACCACGCAUACACAAGUGUCUCAAAUAAUUGCUUCAUCGCGGCUGGAAUCUACGUUCUGUUUGCAGGUUUUUCCAUCUAUCAGUAUUCCGUCAACAAGAGACUACAGUACCAAGUUGACUAACUCUGAGGAAUUAUUAGUCAGUGAUUAGUAAGAACUAUCAACCUUCCAUCCAGAUGUUGACUCUACUGGACCAUCAAUUGAAUAAUUCAUUGUGGGUGCUGUUUUUAUGGUAAUUUCUAACAGGGGAGCUUCAAGCAUGCCUACAAAGGAUAACUUUUGCUCUGGCAUAGCAAUGCACUUGGUUUGUUGCAUAACCCAUUAAAAGUGCUUUGUUCUUUUUAAGCCCCCCAGUUAUGGCCGCCAUAAAUUACAGUGCUUUGAAGUCAGAUUCAUCUACAAACUGCCAACAUAACACCAGCUUUGAUCAACUUCUGAGUUCUGACUAACGACAGUCUGCUUCAAGAAAGAACCUCUAUCAAGAAGGAAUAUAUCUGAUCCUUCUGCAUAUUUUAGUAAUUGGACAAAAUAUUCUUUGAUACAACACUCUUAAAAAAAAACGGAUUUAUACAUGACUGGACUCACUGGAGGCCUAAUGCAGAAGCAUUGCAAUUAAUA